AUGACGUCCAGCUUGGGGUUUCUUCAGCAGCACUGUGUGAUACUGAAGCUGGUUUUGUUCCAUGGGAGUAAGUCGGCUGCCAACGAGAUGCUGUGGAGCCAUCACAUCACUUCGGAGCUUGGUAAGCUCUGCAAAGUGCUGUACGCUAGGCCUACGUUCUCCAAGGCGUACAAUACGCUUGUGAGACAGGAUACCGGGCUUGAUCUGGUGCUGUCGUGCUACGAUGUGGGGCUGCUUUCGCCUGUUCUGUUCAGCAUUAAAGGCAUCACGAUGGGUCGUAAAGCAGAGAGAGCAGCUGUGAGCGGCGUGUGUCCGCCGAUUGGGGAGUAUUUCACGCUAGAGCCAAGCAAUGUGAGGCUGGAAAGCCUGCGAGCUCGUCUCACUAGGCAGUGGAGCAAGCGGAAACAUGCGCCAAGCGUAGACAGAAACGGUCAACCAGCUGUGAUUCAGAUUGGGCACUGGAUAUUCGACAGCCAGCCAGUGAGGAGCGUAGUCACCAGCGAGAAUAAUCUGGUGGCGCUUAAUAGUCGCAAUCUAAGAUCGCAAUACGAUCUGAGAGACCAUAGAGGUAGUAGGUUCUUCGCAGAGGGUUCUCCUACAAAUGUGAACCAAAAGUCACUGGUGACAAAGGCUAAUGAGCAAACUACGGGCAAUUAUCUGCGAAUAAAGCCUGUUUUAUACGAGGGUUUCGAUCCAAUGCCAGGAUCGCUCAAAAGAUGGCUGCACGACGUGGUCGCAGAGGGUGUCGAGCCAGACGCUAGAGAUCAGGAACGGCUUGAUUUACUAUUGCAUGGUUUCAAAGGGUUCGGUUAA